AUGAGUCUUUUGGGGCUUCUCUUGGUGGGAUUUCUCUCUUUGGGAUCAUCUGUCUAUGCGUCCAGUGUUGGUUGGAUGAAUGCUCAUGCAACCUUCUAUGGAGGGGGUGAUGCUUCUGGCACAAUGGGUGGGGCUUGUGGAUAUGGGAACUUGUAUAGCCAGGGGUAUGGGACUAACACUGCUGCUUUGAGCACGGCCUUGUUCAACAAUGGUUUAAGUUGUGGGGCAUGUUUUGAGAUUAAGUGUGUUAAUGACAAAAGGUGGUGCCUUACAAGCUCAAUUGUGGUCACUGCCACCAAUUUUUGCCCACCAAACAAUGCAUUACCAAAUAAUGCAGGUGGUUGGUGCAACCCUCCUCUUCACCAUUUUGAUCUUUCUCAACCUGUCUUUCAACACAUAGCUCAAUACAGAGCUGGAAUAGUACCCGUGGCUUAUCGAAGGGUCCCUUGCCAAAAGAGAGGUGGCAUAAGAUUCACCAUCAACGGCCAUUCUUACUUCAAUCUAGUCCUAAUUACCAACGUUGGUGGUGCUGGUGAUGUUAAUGCAGUUUCCAUCAAAGGUUCAAGAACUAAUUGGCAGCCAAUGUCUAGAAACUGGGGUCAGAACUGGCAAAGCAACGCUUACCUCAAUGGACAGAGCCUCUCCUUCAAGGUUACCACUAGCGACGGUCAAACCGUGGUCUCUUAUAAUGUUGCACCUGCUGGCUGGUCCUUUGGCCAAACCUUCACAGGCCUUCAAUUUCCUUAAGAGACAAAGAAGAACGCAAACCCUUCACAUUUUGUCAUUGGG